AGGGGAAGAGGAUUCCUUCUGCACACAUCUGCGAGGGGAGCUCGGGCUGACUGUUGGGGGCGUGUGGGGAAGGAGAUUUUUUAGGGGGCCGCGGGCUGUGGGUUCCCGCCUCCACCCCAGUCCGCGCCCCACGCUCAGGCAACAGUUGGUCGUGCGGGGACGGCCUGGGCUCCGGGUGGGGAGGGGGAGUCUCGCGAUCGUUGAGGGGGGGUGGAGGAAGGGGGGAGGGUGACGGGGGGAGGCCAUGACGUAGGGUGGGUGGACGGAAGUGGGGCAGGGUUGAGGGUUAUUUAAAGAAGGGGGGGCCGAGCGAAGGGGUUGGAAGCGAGUGAUUCCCCACCCCUGCUCCAUCUAGCUCUUUCCAGUGCAGCCACUGCCGCCGCCCAGGAGCCCUCGUCCCCUCGCUCGUUCCCCUCUUCGUUCCCGCUCCAACGCCAUGGAGCCGGACACCGCCGCAGUGGCAGCCACCGUGGCAGCCUCUGAUGCGACCGCCACGAUCGUGGUCAUAGAGGACGAGCAGCCGGGGCCGUCCAUCUCCAAGGAGGAGGGAGCCGCCGCCGCGGCCACCGCGUCCACCGAAGCCACCGUGGCCACGGAGAAGGGCGAGAAGAAGAAGGAGAAAAACGCUUCUCCAUUUCAACUCAAACUUGCUGCUAAAGCUUCUAAAUCUGAAAAGGAAAUGGAUCCAGAAUAUGAAGAGAAAAUGAAAGCAGAUCGAGCAAAGAGAUUUGAAUUUUUACUGAAGCAGACAGAACUUUUUGCACAUUUCAUUCAACCUUCAGCUCAGAAAUCUCCAACAUCUCCUCUGAACAUAAAAUUGGGACGCCCCCGAAUCAAGAAGGAUGACAAGCAGAGCUUAAUUUCCGCUGGAGACUACCGUCACAGGCGCACAGAACAAGAAGAAGAUGAAGAGCUGCUCUCGGAGAGUCGGAAAACAUCUAAUGUGUGUGUUAGAUUUGAGGUGUCACCUUCAUAUGUGAAAGGAGGACCGCUGAGAGAUUAUCAGAUUCGAGGCCUGAACUGGUUGAUCUCUUUGUAUGAAAAUGGAGUCAAUGGUAUUUUGGCUGAUGAAAUGGGUCUUGGUAAGACUUUACAAACGAUUGCUUUGCUUGGUUACCUGAAACAUUACCGAAACAUUCCUGGACCUCACAUGGUUUUAGUUCCGAAGUCUACUUUACACAACUGGAUGAAUGAAUUUAAACGAUGGGUCCCAUCUCUUCGUGUUAUUUGUUUCGUUGGAGACAAGGAUGCAAGAGCUGCUUUUAUUCGUGAUGAGAUGAUGCCAGGAGAGUGGGAUGUUUGUGUUACUUCUUAUGAGAUGGUAAUUAAAGAAAAAUCUGUAUUCAAAAAGUUCCACUGGCGAUACCUGGUCAUUGAUGAGGCUCACAGAAUAAAGAAUGAAAAAUCUAAGCUUUCAGAGAUUGUUCGUGAGUUCAAGUCAACUAACCGCUUGCUCUUAACUGGAACGCCUUUGCAGAAUAACCUUCAUGAACUCUGGGCACUACUCAACUUUUUAUUGCCUGAUGUCUUUAAUUCUGCAGAUGACUUUGAUUCUUGGUUUGACACUAAAAAUUGUCUUGGUGAUCAAAAACUUGUGGAAAGACUUCAUGCAGUUUUAAAACCAUUUUUGUUACGUCGUAUAAAAACUGACGUAGAGAAGAGCCUGCCUCCUAAAAAGGAAAUCAAGAUUUACUUGGGACUGAGUAAAAUGCAGCGAGAAUGGUAUACAAAAAUCCUGAUGAAAGAUAUUGAUGUUUUAAACUCUGCUGGCAAAAUGGACAAGAUGCGACUCUUAAACAUUCUGAUGCAGCUUCGAAAGUGUUGUAAUCAUCCUUACCUGUUUGAUGGUGCUGAGCCUGGUCCACCCUAUACCACUGAUGAGCACAUUGUUAGCAACAGUGGUAAAAUGGUAGUUCUUGAUAAACUGUUGGCCAAACUCAAAGAACAGGGAUCAAGGGUUCUCAUUUUUAGCCAGAUGACUCGCUUGCUGGACAUUUUGGAGGAUUAUUGUAUGUGGCGUGGUUAUGAGUAUUGUCGACUGGAUGGACAAACUCCACACGAAGAAAGAGAGGAAGCAAUAGAGGCCUUUAAUGUUCCUAACAGUAGCAGAUUCAUCUUUAUGCUGAGUACCAGGGCUGGAGGUCUCGGAAUUAACUUGGCAAGUGCUGAUGUCGUUAUACUAUAUGAUUCAGACUGGAAUCCGCAGGUUGAUCUACAAGCAAUGGAUCGGGCACAUCGUAUUGGUCAGAAGAAGCCAGUACGUGUGUUUCGUCUUAUCACUGACAAUACUGUUGAAGAAAGGAUUGUUGAAAGAGCUGAGAUAAAACUGAGACUUGACUCAAUUGUCAUACAACAAGGAAGACUCAUCGACCAACAGUCUAACAAGAUGGCAAAAGAAGAAAUGCUGCAAAUGAUACGUCAUGGAGCCACCCAUGUUUUUGCUUCUAAAGAAAGUGAGCUGACAGAUGAAGACAUUACAACUCUUCUGGAAAGAGGGGAAAGGAAGACCGCAGAGAUGAAUGAACGCUUGCAGAAAAUGGGAGAGUCUUCUCUGAGAAAUUUUAGAAUGGACACUGAACAAAGUUUGUACAAGUUUGAAGGAGAAGAUUAUAGAGAAAAACAGAAGCUUGGAAUGGUGGAAUGGAUUGAACCUCCCAAACGAGAACGCAAAGCAAACUAUGCGGUGGAUGCCUACUUCAGAGAGGCAUUACGUGUCAGCGAGCCAAAGGUGCCAAAGGCUCCACGACCUCCAAAACAGCCAAAUGUUCAAGAUUUUCAGUUUUUUCCACCACGCUUAUUCGAGCUCCUCGAAAAGGAAAUUCUUUAUUAUAGGAAGACAAUAGGCUAUAAGGUCCCAAGGAAUCCUGACAUCCCCAAUCCAGCUGUGGCUCAAAGAGAGGAGCAAAAAAAGAUUGAUGGAGCUGAACCUCUUACACCAGAAGAGACUGAAGAAAAGGAAAAACUUCUCACACAAGGAUUCACCAACUGGACUAAGCGAGAUUUUAACCAGUUUAUUAAAGCUAAUGAGAAGUACGGAAGAGAUGACAUUGAUAACAUAGCUCGAGAGGUGGAGGGCAAAUCCCCUGAGGAGGUCAUGGAGUAUUCAGCUGUGUUUUGGGAACGUUGCAAUGAAUUACAGGACAUUGAGAAAAUUAUGGCUCAAAUUGAACGCGGAGAAGCAAGAAUUCAACGAAGGAUCAGUAUCAAGAAAGCCCUGGAUGCCAAAAUUGCAAGGUACAAGGCUCCAUUUCAUCAGUUACGUAUUCAGUACGGAACCAGCAAAGGAAAGAACUAUACUGAGGAAGAAGAUAGAUUCUUGAUUUGUAUGUUACACAAAAUGGGCUUUGAUAGAGAAAACGUGUAUGAAGAAUUAAGACAGUGUGUUCGGAAUGCUCCUCAGUUUAGAUUUGACUGGUUUAUCAAGUCUAGAACUGCCAUGGAAUUCCAGAGACGCUGUAAUACUCUGAUUUCAUUGAUUGAAAAAGAAAAUAUGGAAAUUGAGGAAAGAGAAAGAGCAGAAAAGAAGAAACGGGCAACUAAAACUCCAAUGUCACAGAAAAGAAAAGCAGAGUCAGCUACUGAGAGCUCUGGAAAGAAGGAUGUCAAGAAGGUGAAAUCCUAAAGCCUAGAAAUAAAGUUUUAAAUGGGAAACUGCUAUUUUCUUGUUCCCAUCUUCAAAUGCUAAUUGCCAGUUCCAGUGUAUUCAUGGUACUCUAAGAAAAAUCUCUUUGGUUUUGAUUUCUUGCAUAUUUUAUAUAUUUUACGAUGCUUUCUACCUGAAAUGUGUAGCUUUAUAUUUUAUGCAUUCUAGUAUUUUUGUGUACUGUAUUUUGUGCAUUUCAUGUCUUCAUCAAAAUUCUCUCAGUCCUUGUUCUUUUGAAGCUUGUGCUGAGGUUUUAGCUUUUCUAUGUUUUAUAUGCCGCUGCUUUGAAAGAGAACCUAGAUUCUAUAGCUGUAUUAUUGUUGUUUCAUACUUUAAAUUUAUAUGGCUGUGGAAAAAUGAAUUAAAAUGAUUUGAGGAGAAAGACUUUUUCACUUCUUUGUUGCUUUCUUUUCUAUUGAGUAUGGGCUUGUACGUGUUACUGCAUACUGUGAUUAGCAUAAUAAUUGUUUCUUUGAGGUCAUCUAAAUAUUUUUUUCCUAAAGGAAUAAAGGGUGAGAACAGAAAAAUAUUAAAAAAAACCUAAUAUUUGAUACUGUGCUUGCUGUCAGUAUGCAUUACAGUUAAAUUAUUCUCUAAAUAUUCAAGUGGGAAAAUAUAAUAAAGAAACGUCUAUAAGAAA